AUGCCCAGUGAGUUUGCAUUAGUUGCGGCAGACGAUUUUGUUAUUCCGUUUCAGAGAUUCUCGAGCUUCAGUCGCCUGGUGAGGACCACAGCCUGGGUCCUACGGUUUGCGCGCUGGUGCCGCAAACAGCGAAACGAGCUCGAGGAAUACGGCCUUACUGCAGCAGAAUGUAAGGCCGCGGAGAACCUGUUGGUCAGACAGGCACAAUUGGAGUCGUUCCCCGACGAGAUGAGGUCGGCGGAAACUGGACAGGACGUCGCUAGAUCGAGCGACAUUCGAGGGUUGGUGCCCUACCUAGACGAGGACGGGAUUCUGCGAGCUUACGGCAGAAUUUAUGCCGCACUAUGCAUGCCGUACAGUGCGAGGAGGCCCGUAUUACUGUCACACAGGCACAGUCUGACAGAGCUGAUUGUGAGAGACUUCCACGCCACGAUGAAGCAUCAAAAUGUGGAUGCUACGAUUGCGGAGAUCCGGACAAAGUUCUGGGUCACAAAGAUGAGGCGUGUGAUGCGGAGAGUCAUCUCAUCGUGCAACGAGUGCAAGUUGCAGCGAGAGCGGCCGAUGCCGCCGAUAAUGGGACCCCAUCCGGAAGACAGACUGGAUGCGGGUGGAUGGCCAUUCAAAUACACAGGACUGGACUACUUUGGGCCACUGCUGGUGACUGUGUCCCGUCACAAGGAGAAGCGUUGGGUCGCCUUGUUUACGUGUUUGACGACAAGGGCGAUUCACCUGGAGCUGGCGCAUGACCUGUCGACGGAUUCCUGUGUAAUUGCGAUCAGGAACUUCGUCUGCCGUAGAGGGCCAGUAUAUAGACUGCGCAGCGAUAACGGCAAGAACUUCGUGGGAGCUGACAGGGAAGCCAAGCGCUUUGGUGACGUAUUCGAGAUGGAGAAGCUUCAGAGUGAGUUGUCAAGCAGAAGCAUUGAAUGGGUUUUUAAUUGUCCAGCGAACCCGUCUGAGGGCGGAGUUUGGGAGCGCAUGGUGCAGUGCGUCAAGAGAGUACUGCGUCAUACCCUGAAGGAAGUUGCGCCGGGGGACGAUGAGGCGCCGUUGACGCCAAACGAUCUACUCAAGGGAGUAGCCAAUCUGCCGGAUACGCCUGGAUUGGAUGCGGAGCUGCCCAAGGAGGGUUCUACGAGGAAGCAGUGGAGGAUUGCUCGCCUGCUACGAGACCGUUUCUGGAGGAGGUGGGUCAUGGAGUACCUGCCUACGCUUGUGCGCCGCGAGAAGUGGUGCCGCCGAACGGAGCCCAUCCACCAGGGUGAUAUGGUCUUCGUCUGCGAUCCUGCCUUGGCCCGACGAGAGUGGCGCAAGGGCAUCGUGGAGGAGAUCUACAGCGGAGCUGAUAGAGUCGUCAGACGCGCUAAGGUGCGCGUGAACGACAAGGGCCUAUCUAGGACAAUGAUGCGACCCGUCUCUAAACUUGCAGUUUUGGAUUUGAGUGAAGCGGUUCUUCACGGGGUCGGGGAUGUCGCGGAUCGAAUAUUGUUAUCGAUAGGCUAG